AUGAGGUACGCAGCUCCCGGAAAUUUUGAUCCUUUUGGAUUGGAUUGGCCUGACGGACGGACUUUUUACCUCAUCUUGCCCAAUAGUCAAUACGCUCACGUGCCGAAGUCCGAACUCGACGAGGAGAAAAUAAGGGCCUUGGAAGAACACGAGAUCGCCACUGGACCCUUGUCAGUGCUUCAGUCUAGCGUCAAAAACCACACUCAAAUCCUCAUCGCUCUUCGCAACAAUCGGAAACUACUAGCGCGCGUCAAGGCGUUCGAUCGACACUCAAACAUGGUGCUGAUUAACGUCAAAGAAAUGUGGACCGAGCUUCCGAAAGGUAAAAACAAAAAGCCUGUCAACAAAGACCGGUUCAUUUCGAAGAUGUUCUUACGGGGAGAUUCGGUUAUUCUUGUCUUAAGACAUAAUGCCUAG